GCUGGCACCCAUAUCCACACCACAUCACCGCUCACGUUAACCUAAUACACGCACUCCUACGCACCCGGCGCACAAUAGCCUCACCCCGUAAUCUACACCAAAUUCAUAUCCUCUCCUCACCAGAACCCACACAAACCCCUUAUUCACCAUUUUAGGGUUUCAUUGGAUCAUAACACAUAUUGAAUUGUGCUCUAAACUAGUAAAUCAACUACAGUUGCUAUCAAUUUUAAUUAUAAUAGGUUUUCACAUACAAAUUCAGUGUUAAUUUAUAUACUGUUUCGUCAUUUAGCAAGCCCUAGGGCGUUCGAAUUACAGUUGAUGAUUAGCUUAUAGCUUUAUGCGUUUAUUGUUUAUGUUAAGUUUCAUCAUCUGUAUGUAUGGUUGUGAUUUGAUUGAUUGAGUUGUUUUCGUAUGGCGCCGAGCCGGAGAAAAGGUGCCAGUAAAGCUGCGGCGGCUGCAGCCGCUUGCCGGAAGUGGAAGGUUGGGGAUCUUGUGCUUGCUAAGAUGAAAGGAUUUCCUGCUUGGCCUGCUACGGUUAGUGAGCCAGAAAAGUGGGGGUACGCCGUGGACUGGAAGAAAGUUCUAGUCUUCUUCUUUGGAACACAACAAAUAGCAUUCUGCAAUCCAACCGAUGUCGAGGCUUUUACUGAAGAGAAAAAAGAAUCUCUUAUGAAUAAGCGUCAUGGUAAAGGUGCCGAUUUUCUUCGUGCUGUUAGGGAAAUUAUCGAUAGUCAUGAGGAAUUGAAAAAACAAGAGCAAUCUAAUAAUGUCAAUAAUAUAGACGGUCAAAUUGCUUCAACAAAUGGGGUCAAGUCCGAGGAAUGUGUUGCCAGCUCAGCGUCAAAGGAUGAGGCUGUCACACCUACUGUUGAUUCGUGCCCAAAAGUCUCAGAUUCUUUAGAACCUAAUAAUGAUGACAAAAUAACGCCUGAGUGGCAUAAUGGUAAUUUGGCGGUGAAGAAAGCACCUUUACCGACAACAUACUCCAGAAAGAAAUAUUCUAAUAAUCUGGCACUUUCUGCUCGAAGGUCAAGAAGUUCGGUAAAAGAAGAUGCUGUACUGAAUAAUGGUAAUUCAUUGAGCUUAGCACGAGUCGGGCCACAAAAGAGGACAAAAAGGGUCAGGACGUCACCGGGGUCAUCUGAUGGACCGGGUUCAAAUGCAAGUCCAGAAGAAAACAGGUCUGAAAUUGCGACUGUUGAUUCUGAUACCAAGAACUUAAAUGAGGGAAACUGUGUACAAUCUGAUUAUAACACGGUUAUGGACAAUGAGUGUGAUAUGAAGUUGAGUCAGACGCUUGAAUUUCAAAAUAAAGCGGUGAUUACUAAGAAGAAAAGAAAGCCAAGUAGAAAACGUGAAUUCAUUGAUAAAGUUGACAAAACGGAUCCGACCGAAUCCAUUCAGAAUUCUGUUAUUGAAAAAUCUAUUGGAAAGUAUUCGAAGGAAGAUGGUGAUGAGCACCUGCCUUUAGUGAAACGGGCUCGGGUUCGAAUGGGUCGAACCACAGAUGAAGCUGCUUUACCACCAUCCAAAAGACUACAUCGGGCUCUUGAAGCUAUGUCUGCUUACGUGACAGAAGAUAAGCAAUGUUCUCCUGGUGGGCCAUCUACCAUGAAGACAAUUAUUAACGUAAAUUUGGAGAGUAAAGACGCCGAUAGCAGUAGCAAUAUAUCUUCACCAGUUGAACAUAAUGAGACGAUUGACGAGCUUGACACAUGCAGUCAGCCUUCUAGAACUAGUAGCCCAGAACAAAAGCCAGUGGAAGUGGCUGAUGAUAAAGAUUAUGUUAUGCUGGAUUCUUUUACUGAAGCGGUUGAAACAGUAGCGGGCUCAGUAAGCCCAAAACCUUCAUCAGAUGAUCUUGAGAAGAAAGAGUCUUCUCCAGAGUUAAAAAAAGAUCCAUCUGAUGUUUUUGGGUCUGGGUGGAGUUCAGAUCCUGUUUCAGGUAAUUUGGAAAAUGGAAUUGUUUCACAUGAUGAUGUCACUUUGUUGCGAUCUUCUCCCCAAAAAAGCUGCAAUAUUGUGGACCAUCCAAUUCAAGAUGAUGUCACUGAUAAUGCAAUAAUUUGUUUUAGAGUUGAAGAUGCUGAAGGAACCAAAAAGUCAAUAAUGGAAGCAGACGACUCUCCAUCUCUUGCUAGCGUGAAAGAGUUGACCGUUGACCCAGAUUCUGAACUGUUCCAUUCAACUCAUAUCUCUGAAGAUGAAAUGAGCCAUAAAAGUGUGUCAGGUACUCGGACACCCUCCAGUCUGACUGAGCUGUUAGGCUCAGCUGAUGUGUCACGAGCCUCACCGCCCAAUAAUACUUCAAUUUGCUACACCAUAUCCACAUCAUGUAAUAGUAAUUUACUUGAAAACAGUGGCUGUUCUAGUCCCAAUGUGCAUGAAAAAACAACACACACUGGCGACAAAUGGAGCACUAUCUCAGAAGCAAACGCUUCUUUAACUUCCUUUGAGGCAAGUCUUGGGGCGCUAACUCGGACCAAAAAAAGCAUUGAUCGGGCUACUCGUAUCGCCAUUGACUGUGCUAAAUUUGGCAUUGCUGUCAAGGUGGUGGAGACUAUUGCUCGCUGUUUGGAAGCUGAAUCAAGUUUACAUAAACGGGUGGACUUGUUCUUUCUUGUUGAUUCUAUUGCACAAUGUUCACGAGGGCUUAGAGGUGAUGCGGGCGGUUUGUAUCCUUCAGCUAUUCAAGCAGUGCUACCACGGUUAUUGUUGGCUGCUGCUCCUCCAGGGAGCAGUGCUCUUGAAAACCGUAGGCAGUGCUUAAAGGUUUUGAAGGUGUGGCAAGAAAGAAAGAUCCUUCCAGAACCAAUGAUCCGUCACCAUAUUCGUGAGCUCGACUCCCUCAACAAUUUGUCUUCUCGAAUCAGUAAUUCUCGUCGGCCCUUUAGGAAUGAACGGGCCUUUGAUGAUCCAAUUAGGGAAGUUGAGGGCAUGCUAGUUGAUGAAUAUGGAAGCAAUUCAAGUAUACAGUUAUCUGGUUUCUGUAUGCCAACAAUGCUGAAAGAUGAAAAAGAAGAAAGUGAUUCUGACGCAGAGGGUUUUGAGGCUGUAACUCCUGAAAGAGAUCCUGAGAUUUGUGACGGUGAUAAGGUUCCUACACCUUCAUCAGAGAAGCAUACGCAUGUAUUGGAGGAUGUUGACGGUGAACUUGAAAUGGAAGAUGUUGCCCCUACUUGUGAAGGUGAUGUUACAGUUACUGCUGAUGUGGCAAAAGCUGCAGAGGCAUCCCAGCAUCAACUCCAACAACAGUUGCCUCCAUUACCGAUAGAUUUGCCCCCUUCUUCUCCGCCUCUGCCGAAUUCUCCUCCACCUCAUCAUGCUUCUUUUCCACCACCACCUCCUCCCGCCACCCUUCCUCCACCUCCACCACCUCAUGUUGCCCUUCCUCCGCCGCCUCCACCGCCAGUUUCAAUUACUACACCACCUCCAGACACUCUUCCAACACCUUCUUCAGCCACCCUUCCUGCACCUCUUUCAUUAUCUAGCGAGAAUGGUAAUGAUGAUUCACCGCAAUCGACUGCUGCUUUAUCAGUUCAUCACCAUCCUUCUGAAGUACCAGAAUCGUCAAAUUCCUGCUCUUUUGGUGUCUCUUGUCCACCUGUUCAAGCCGCCAGUAACGUGCACCUAAGGCCGCCACACCCGGCCCCUUCAUCUCAGUUCUCGUAUUUUCAAUCAGAUCAAUCGUGUAGGGAAAUUCCACCUCCAUCAUAUCCUGGCAGAUUCCAUUUUGUCAACGGUACAGAUACUGGUAACUUUCAUAGUGAUCAUGACCGAAUGCAUGUACCCCCGCAGGAUGACAGCUGGCGCUUUCCACCCCCUCCGUUCUCUGGUCCAUGUCAUCCUGAUGGUCCCAGAGGACGGUAUCCUCCCAAUACGUAUGCAGGCCCGCAUUGUGAACCUCCAAUAUCCAGUAACAACUGGCAUUAUCCAGUAAGACCUCCAACUCAUAGAGAUAUGGCACCUCAUAGACCAUACCCCGAAGCAUCUGUUCAUAUGUCGGCUACUAGAGCGCCUAACUUUUGGAGACCAAGGUGACACACAUGAGAGGACCAUCGUAUAAAUUUUCUUUGAUCUUACUAAGAGACCAUUCUACCGGCUUGUUACAAAAUACCGUUGUAUAAUCUUCUAGAAGAAACCUAUUGCAUCAAACGUUGCACAGAAACCUAUUACAAAAUACCGUUGUACAAUCUUCUAGAAGAAACCAAGAUGCAUAAUUCCCGUGUAAAUGCUUUAUUUAAUCAAGUGAACACACAUCAUCAGGAUACAGUCAAAGCUACUGACACUCUUCCGGUGCAUAUGUCUGCAACAUUUUGUUUCUGUAACGUUAUAUUCAUGUUUUUAGCCAAACUGGUUAAUGUAUUUUAGUCAGGUGUCAUUUGUUUGUAGUGUUGCUUAAUUUAAACCUGAUAUUGGCUGUAUAUUCUGGUUAUGUUUACUGGUUCAAAACUGAAGUAUACUUGUUGCUUCUUUACAGUUA